GCCCUUCCUGCAAUAGAAAACAGACUUUUUAUACUCUUUGCUGUACUCGUUUUGCCAACCAUCCACCCUCCCCGGGAGAGAGAGAGAAUGAGCAACAGCGAUGGCAGCAGGCGAUCCACGUCCAAUUGUUCAUCAGGCAGUGGCUACUCUCUAAACCUGGAAGAAGAUGUAAGCGUUCAGACUGCCAGUAUCAGCAGUUCCCUGCAGUGUAUCCCCUAUCAGAAACUCACAGACCUGAAGUUCAUUAAUAAAGGAGCAUAUGGGACCGUACACAGUGCUUGCCAUUCUGAUUGGAGGGUCAGAGUCGCUGUGAAGUUCUUUCCAACAGAGCGCCACCUGGUGGAGAGUGAAAGAAACAAAAUUCUGAAAGAAGCAGAGAUUUUACACAAAGCGAGAUUUAGUUACAUUCUGCCAAUUUUGGGAAUCUGCAAUGAGCCCGAGUGCCUGGGGAUCGUGACUGAGUACAUGACCAAUGGCUCUCUAAACCAGCUGUUACAUGAGAACAAUCCACGUGUGGAAAUUGUGUGGCCGCUGGCAUUCCGGAUAUUGUACGAGAUUGCUCUAGGAGUGAAUUUUCUUCACAAUUUGACCCCUUCUUUGCUGCACCAUGACUUAAAGACACAGAAUAUUUUGCUGGACAUGGAUUUUCAUGCAAAGAUUGCAGAUUUUGGACUUUCAAAAUGGCGCAUGUUGUCUUCAUCACACUCCUACAGUGAUCAGAGUGCUCCGGGUGGAACAAUAAUAUACAUGCCCCCCGAGGAGUAUGAGCCCAGCAGUGCCAAAAACAGAAGAGGCAGUGUUAAACACGAUAUGUACAGUUAUGCAAUUAUUAUGUGGGAAGUUCUGGCAAGAAAACAGCCAUUUGAAGGAGCCACAACCCCUAUGCAGAUUAUGUUUAGUGUCUGCAAAGGAAACCGACCAGACCUUAGUGAAGACAGCUUGCCCUCUGACAUCCCUCAUCGAGACCUCUUUACUUCUUUAAUGCAAAAUGGGUGGGCAACCGAUCCAAACCAACGGCCAGCGUUUAUAAAAUGCUUGUUGGACCUUGAACCAGUGAUCCGAAAUGAUGAUGAGAUCUUAAUACUUGAAGGCAUAUUACAGAUAAAAAAGAUGAAAAGCAAUUUUCUUCAUAAUUCUAUAUCAAGCUCGCCAACAAUACCUUGUGUCAGCCCUUUAGAACAACCACCAGUUUAUUCAUCAAACGAGAACGCGAACAUCAGUGUAUGUAGUGAGGGAUUUUGCAUUCCCCAGUGUUCUCCGGAUUUAAACCAACAGUGGAGCUUAUUUCCCAAGACUGAGCCAAUGCCCAAUGUAGACAGUGAAGAAAUGAACGUCACAAGUCCAAAAUCUGUCAUUUCCCCCAGCUGCGUGAGUUUUAUAUCAGGUGGGAUAAUGCAACCAGAAUUUACUGAAAGGCAGAGUGCGAGGUCUACAUGGGAAAUGUCAGGUCCAGUUCAGGAGACCCAACCCUCUGCUCAUCAGUGGAUAAUGGUCAAAAGGCAUCAGAUUAUAAAUCAAAUGACGGAGGCAUGCCUGAACCAGUGCCUGGAUGCCCUCAUCUCACGAAUGGUGAUCCUGAAGGAAGACUAUGAACUGAUCAAAUCAAUGCAGACGAGGAGUUCAAAAGUUAGGCAACUGAUUGACACUUGUGAUUCACAAGGAGAGAUAUUUGCCAAAGUUAUUGUGCAAAAGUUGAGGGAUAACCGGCAGAAUGAUCUGCAGCCUUUUCCACAAAUAUAGAUGGGUAAUAGGUAUCAAAUGCCAUAAGUGUCUGGAUGCAUUAUUAUAAGCUGACUAAACUCUUUCAUACAAAAUGACUGAAAGGCAAAAACCUUAUUCAUAUAAACAUAUCGGCCUAUGAGUGUUAAGAUACAUUUUCAUGUAGAUUUCAUGUAGCUUAUUAGCUUAUUGCUAAUAUCCAUUGCCAUAUUUCCAUCAGUGAUUGGUUUUAUAAAAAACAUAUGGUAGA